UUAGGACAAAGAGGUAAAUACAUAAUUUGAUCAAAUACAUAAAAUUCAUUUUUUACGUGCAUGGACUUAUAGGUCCUAUCGGGUUAAUGGCACUGUGCUAUUAUUCCGUGACAACCUCAAUAGGAAUAAUUCUAAGUGUUAUUUUGACACAAAGUAUAAGGCCAGGUAAAUUACUUAACAAUGAAAAUCUUACAUCAGAUUUGGCAUCUAAACAUUUUAUGACAAUUGAUACACUUUUGGACUUGUUACGUAAUUUAAUAUCAGACAAUUUAAUUAAAGCAUGUUUUAUGCAGUAUCAAACGGUUUUGAAAGAACCAGAAAAUACGACCAAAGUGCCUAUAAACCAAUGGGCUAUAACACAUCAAGAUAUACCAGGCACCGAUGUAAUUGGUUUGGUAUUUUUUAGCUUACUACUAGGUUUAGCAGCUGGCAAGUUGGGUGAAAAAAAUAGGCCUCUGUUAAAUGUUAUAGAUUCGUUUUCUCAAGUGAUGAUGAAUAUUAUGAAUUGGAUAAUCAUGAUUGCACCAAUUGGCACAUUCUUUCUUAUUCCUGGUAGAAUUUUAGAGAUGACAGAUUUUAGUUUAAUAUUUAAACAAUUAGGUGCUUAUAUAUUAACCGUUUUUAUCGGUCUGAUAUUACAAGGAUUUUUAAUAUUACCAAUUCUGUAUUUUCUACUUACACGUAGAUCUCCAUACAAAAUUAUAAUGAAAUUAGGUCCCGCCUUUGCAACAGCAUUUGGAACAUCAUCGAGUACAGCUACUGUCCCAGUAACGAUAAAAUGCUUACAAGAACUUGGUAUAGAUCCAAAAGUCCUGAAAUUUGUGGUACCGAUAGGUGCUACGAUAAAUAUGGACGGAAUAGCAUUAUAUGAAACUGUUGGGGCAAUAUUUAUUAUUCAGAUGCGAGGAUUAAAUUUUUCAUUAUUUAAAAUAAUAGCCAUCAGUAUUACAUGCACUAUCUCGUGCAUUGGUGCAGCUGGAUUGCCCAGCGGUGGAUACAUGAUGUUAAUAAUGGUAUUAAAUUCUAUUGGAGUCCCUGUAGAUGAUAUCGCAUUAAUUAUUGCUAUUGAUUGUUUUGUGGAUCGAUUCAGGACAACUAUAAAUAUUAUUUCCGACGCUUUCGCAUCUGGUAUAAUAUCUUAUUUACUUAAAAAUAAAUACAAGCAAUACAGUAAUACGAUGUCUGCGAAAACGCAAUCGUUGACCGAUGGAGUAAAAUAAUAUAUUUCGAUAGAAAUAUGAAAGAAAUAGGUCAAGUUAUUCAUCAAUUCUUUCCGGGAUGUGGUAAAAUAUUGUUAUUAUCAUUAUUUCUCGUAAAUGUUUUACUUCAAGGCAAUCUUUAUAAAUUGAAAUAUUUACGUCCGAAAAGAAUUUCGAUUCUAUUUACUUAUGAAAAAUUUCCUCAAUAAAACCAGAAUUUAGAACA